UUGUGUCAUUAUUUUAAGCAGAAAAGCACCGUAACAACGUUAUUUUGACCGUCCUGGAACCAAUUUCAAGUCCUUGUUCUAGGUGUCGCUGUUGACCACGUCUGAAACGUCAAAUCAUGUGUCAGUGCGUCCACGUGAUGGGGAAGAGCCUGCGUCUCAAGGCCAAUUUCAAAUUUCAUUGGUGAGAAUGUCAUGUGGUUGCAGAGAGACUCUCUGGGUUACUCGGGGAUUGUUUUGCUAGAUAUGUCAGCUUACAGAGGACACCACUCUUCUUAAAAAAAAAAAAAAAAAAAAAAGCAACUCUCCAAAAAUGUCCUUUCCAAACAGCUCUCCUGCUUCUAACACGUUUCUUGUAGAUUCUUUGAUUGGGGCGUGCAGAACAGAUUUUUACUCCAGCAGUAACAUGUAUAUGCCAUCCACUGCAGAAAUGGGAACCUAUGGAAUGCAAACCUGUGGACUCCUGCCGUCUCUUGGCAAACGGGGGGAAAUAAACCACCAAAACAUGGGCAUGAACGUCCACUCGUACAUACCUCAAACUGAUAACUGGGCAGAUCCGAGCAGGUCCUGUCGAUUAACGCAGCCGCUUAACCAGAUGCCCACUUGCACAUUUUCACAAAGUAUAAAAGAAGAGACUAAUUGCUGUAUGUUUUCCGACAAGCGAGCAAAAGUCUGUUCGUCCGAGAUGCCCGCGUACUCCAACCUGAUUCCCGAAUCGUGUUCCGUUGAUAGUCCAGAGAUUCCGGUACCUGGCUAUUUUAGAUUAAGCCAAACUUAUGCGAAAAACCAGGACUAUGACAACGAGACGAUAAGCCCAAACACGACGUUAAUGCAGCUGAACAGGGUGACUCCUAAAGUGCAGUCAACGCCCUUUGUCGAGGUGGAAAAGAAGAUUUCGCAAGAACGGGACACCAGAAGCUCUUCCCCGGCGCAGAGUCCAGAGCCCAAAGCCAGCACACAGGAAGAGAAGAACAGCUCUAGUGAAGCGUCUGUCUCCAGCCCUGAAUUGCCACACAGGGAUAGGAAAGAAUCCAAAAGCGACACACCGACGAGCAACUGGUUAACUGCGAAGAGUGGAAGGAAAAAGAGAUGUCCAUAUACAAAGCACCAGACCUUGGAAUUAGAAAAAGAAUUUUUAUUCAACAUGUAUCUGACUCGGGAGCGCCGUCUAGAGAUCAGCAAAAGCGUCAACCUCACUGACAGACAAGUUAAAAUCUGGUUUCAAAACCGCAGAAUGAAACUUAAGAAGAUGAGUAGGGAAAAUCGCAUUCGUGAACUUACCUCUAACCUCACCUUUUCGUGAGCAUGCAAACAAGUACACUUCCUAAAUUCACCCCCCCCCCCUUCUUUUCGGCCCAUAUAUGGUGUCAUACAUAAUAACGAUAUGAGGACUGUGGACAUUGUUUUGGUUACUUUCACGUUCCAAUAUUGUGAUUGUUGCUACAUCAUUGAUUACAUAUUGAAUUUGAAUCGCUGUGUAACUUUAAUAUGUUUCACAGGGUAUAAAAAUGUUGUUAGGACUUUACCAUGUUGGCUGUGUCAUUUCCAGCUGGGACAGAGAUAAUUGUCGCAGAAACACUUGAGACAAAACGUGCUCUGAACGUGAAAGCACAUUGACAGUGAAGAUUGUACAUUCUUCCUCCAUCAAAAACGAACAUUUAUCUGAAAUCAGUACAUAUAAAAGUUUCUGUAUAGUGGAUGUUUGAAUAUGUCUUAUCAGUGCAUGUUUGUGGCAUGUGGUCAGUGGACUAAUAAACUGAUAAUGUC